UUGGAGAGCUCACUGGGCAGUCGAGUGAGUGAUGCAGAGUAAAUAGCAUCUCCUUUGGAGAUGCCUGUCACACGGCACCGCACCUAUAGCUACCUAUGCCAUUUUGGGCCUUCUUAUUAUAGUAAUGGGGGAAUUAUGACAUCGCCUCAGCCCACUCUUUGCAGGAACAGUGAAGAAUAGAGGUUUCCAUUUUCAGAAAUUAAUUCAAACAACUGCAUGAAUCGCCAGCAUUUUAAUUGGACCUCAUCUCAGUUGAAAGAAACAUGCCAAGUUUCUGGUCAAAAUUCAUUUCAGGCCUUUUUUUAAAAUGCAUAUAUCUGAAAGACAAUCUUACUAGGAUUGUGAAUCCAAGUAAUCAGUGGAGAAAUUGAUUAUAGAUGUAGGGCAAGAUCCACAGGAGAGUUCAGCAUGUUUAACCCCAUAGACAUUAAUGGUCAUACUGCACUGCAGUUAUAAGUCUGACCAUUUUUAUCAUGCUAGUGGGAGUUGGCAGGUCGCAGAAAAUUAUGCUGGUCUAUAGACUCAAAAACAUUUAAAAUGAUUGCAGAUAUUUGCAAAAUUUAUUGAGAUCCCACUUUUUCAAAAAAGCUGGGCACCCUCUUCAGCCCCUCCAAGGCGCACAAAUGCACUUUCAUGGGGCAGUCCACAGCUGCCAAAACGGGGAUCACAAGACCCAGCUUGAGAGCUGGCUUUCGCAAUCUCCAGGGGGGGAAGGUUUAAAGGGGUGAGGAGAGAAGCCUCGGCAAGCCCCAAAAGGCUCAGAAUCGCCACAGGGGAGGGGAGCCAGUGCCAGUUGCCUCCAAGGGGCUUUUCUGCAAAAACCCAGAAAACACUUUCCAAGAGCAGCAGGAGCUUUUGGCUGCCCUUGGCAAGGGAAUCAGUAGCUGACAACACGAAUUCAAAUGACAUGAUACUUCUUCAGGGGUACAGCAACCCCUACAAAAAUCCACAAGUUUUUGGAAUGGCUUUUGCCCUCCAAUAAACCACCCUGGGAAGAUGGGUCUGGGUUCACACGACACAGUCAUCCAUCAGGGGGUAGCAAUCCACAUAGUCAUGUCAUGUGAACCCAGCCACUAUCUUAAUUUCUGUGUUAUCUCAGUCUGUCAGAAUUAAAUGUCAGCUAUCACGGGCUUCCUAUGAGUGACUAGCUGAUUAAGAACAGGAAGCAAAAGGUAGGAAUGAUCGGUCAACCCAUGGCUUGGAAGGAAAAGGGCCUACGAAGAGUCUGUAUUCGAACCAGUGCGGUUUGCAUUGUUCAUCAAUGAUCUGGAACCAAAGGCUUGAAUGAUCUCAGGCUGAGAAGAGACAGGUCUAACUACUUAGUAGCUUCGAAGGACCUGGUGGAAUGGCCUCUGAAGAACGCCAGAGCUGUGAAGCAGAUCUUGAGUAUGAGGAUGACCCGGAACACUCUGAGUACCUGUCAGCCAGUCUGGACGAUGAACAGUGGCAAAGUCUCCUGGACGAAGAUGGCGAUUACUACAUGGAAAUGUUGCAGGAUGCAACUGACCCUGAGAGAAAAGGAAAUAAUCCCUGGGAAGAAAUGGCCAGGGACUCUGAUGCCUGCUUUCUGAAAGAAUUUCCUGCCCAGAAAGAAGAAAUCGAAAAAUGCAUCCGGUGUCUUCAGGAAAUCGCCAGCAACAUUGACAAGAUGCAUAAGAAGUGCACCAUUGCCAGCAUUGCGGCCAACUCUACAAGUGCCUCUUCUGGCAUCUUGACCAUCCUGGGUCUCACCUUGGCUCCUGUCACUGCAGGUGGGAGCCUAUUCCUGACAGCCACCGGGAUUGGCUUGGGGGCAGCAGCAACAGUGACGGGCCUUUCUGCUGCCUUAUAUGAAAAUGUGAAUAACUCAAAGGAAAGGAAAAGAGCAGAAGAGCUGCUGAAUGAAUGUGAGAAGAGCCUGAGAGAGGUGCUAUAUCCUGAUGGAGUAGAUUUUGCCUCUGGACUGGCCUCAGAUUAUGGGACUGUGGGUGAAAACGUCAAACACCUUGUUUCCAAUGUUGCUGGUCAAGUUCCCAGCGUGUACAGGGCUGCGAAGGGGAUCAAAACGAACAUCAGGGCACUGAAGAUUGCACGCGCUAAUCCUGGCUUGAAGGCAUUGGCCAAGCGAGCCACUGCUGCCUCAGGAAGCACAUCCCGAGGAGUCAAGGGCAUCAAACAUGUGCAGAAGGCCUUUUCAGGAACCACCCUUGCGAUGAGCAAAGGUGCGAGGCUGCUGAGUGCCACCACUGCCGGGGUGUUUCUCCUGUUUGAUGCCUAUGGCAUCGUGCAAGAUGCUAAACAUUUGACCGAGGGAGCCAAGGCAGAAACGGCUACAGAGAUCAGGCAGAAGGCUACCAAACUGAAAGAGAAGCUGCAGAAUCUCAACAAGCUCUACAAGACACUAAAAGACAUGGCAUGAGUAAAAGAAGCCAAAGUGUACAUGUCUAUCUUUCCUAUAUGCUCACAGUAAACAUGCUGCAGUGAAUGUGUGUGCGUGUUUCUUCACCACUUGCAGGGCUUCCCUUCCAUUGAGAUUCUCCCAGUUCCUUCUCACAAGGCCUCUCCAUUUGCCUCCUUGGAUAUGUCUGUCUCACUCUGUCCCCUUCUCUUAGUGGAUCCAGACUUACCAUGCCAAGCUGUCCCUGGCUGAUCAGUUGCAUCUUGAAUGCCUCUAGUGUGGGACAGCCCACAACCUCCCUAGGUAAUGAGUUCCAUUGUUGUACUGCUCUAACAGUCAGGAAAUGUUUCCUGAUA